AUGAAGCAAGUAGUCUUCGAUUCAGCAUUGGGUUGCGCUGUUCAAAUUAGAUCAUGUGAUCACUGUUUUUAUCGUAAGAUCAAGUGUGAUCGGCGCACUCCGUGUUCGCCUUGUCAGGAUAACGAUGUACAAUGUCAAUACGAGCGGCCUCGAAAGAGACGUCGGUACAUUCGGCCGGCGUUAGAUAGUCCGGAUGUGAACUCAAGAGUAUCUUCAGAAAGGCUUAGUACCUUGAAUGGAGAAAGGGUAGACUUGUUCCCUGUUAAUACCGGAGACGCCCUGGAAGUGAGCACCCCUACGCAGGCACAACAACUGAACCUGAUACAUGUAAACAAUUCUAUACAUACACAAGCUGCUCCAGUCUCUCCCAUGCAACUGGGGACGGAAUACUGGGAUCUUGGGAUGGGAGAAUGCUUCUUCUACCCAACGAGUUUCCUCGGAGUGGUAGACCUUCCUCCCUACGUACCCUCACUGCCACUGAGCAUGCCUGAAAGUCCAGGCAUAUCCUUUUCACCUCCACUCCAGAAUCUUUCCAGUCAAAACGGAAGGCUCGACCAUCUCCUGGACGACAGCACGAUCCCACAGCUCAUCGACGUGUUCCUAGAGCGCUUACAGCAGUCCAUGCCCUUCUUUACCCGCUCGUUUCUGCGUCAAAACAUUGCGAGUCAACGACAUCUUCAUGAUCGGUCCUUUGGCUCCUUGGUUCAAGCCAUCUGCUCUCUAGUCCUCCUUCAGCCAGUGCAGAGCCAGGAAAAACGCCCAUGGCCGAAUCGUGAGGCAAGAGCCGACGCUCAUUUGUCUCUGGCCGUAAGUUUGCACUCACAAUCUGACCUCGGCCAGAGCCCGACUCUAGAAACAAUUAUGACAAGUGUCUUCUUGUUUGCCUGCCAGUUCUGUAAGGGCAAUUUUGAUGCAGCCAGAUUUCGGCUCAGGGAGGCCGCAGCUCUAGCCGAAGUGAUGAAUCUUGACAAGCCUGAAUCGUAUGGUCAUAUUGGCGACACUGAGAAACAACGAAGACUCCGAACAUUGGUCAGCCUCACAAUCAUUGAGAGAAUCUACUCGGUUCAAAGAGACUACAUUCCGGGCACGAAACUACUCAGCCGGAACAAGCUGCAAGAACUACAAGACGCCAUCGCAUCUUCGAAUGAUAGGGGUGAAAGCGAGAACAUCAUUGCCAUGGAAGGUAUCAGCAGCAUGCUGGAGCAGGUCGACUUUAUCGAUUCCGACGUGAUUAAAUGCUGGAAAGGCCUCUGUUGGGAAGAGGAGGCCCCGGCACAUGUCACUAGAAGCACAAUACUCACUCUACUACGACGGUACAGGAUACCGCCACAACUAUCCGGGCUUUCUGACGUUGAUACCCAUGCCCAGCAUGCGGAUAUCCUUGUUACCAGGCACUGGAUCAGGAUCAAGCUGUGGACUCUGGCCAGUAGCCACGGCUACGUUGAAGCACUGUCUGAUGAUGAGGAGUUCCGCAACGAAUACGCCCUGGCUAUUGCCAGUGAGGCUCUCGACACCUGUUCGCAGUUCGAGAUGACCAGUCUCGAAGUACAUGGCGUCGGACUUAUUGAGAAACUAUCUGACAUAGCAACUUGUGCAGCAUUGCAAGUCAAUAGGCCUUAUGCCGCUUACUCGCCUAACCAAGACUAUUCCAUUAAUAGAGACUCAAGCAGUCCUGGCACGGGCGUGACACCGCCACAAGAAGACUAUCUGAGCGCGAGUUCUAGUUCUGGACUAGUAAUGGGUAGCGCAGAGGAGGUGCUAAAUGGUUAUCUCUCGGUAUUUGCAUCUUUCCGUAGGGGAAAACACCCUUUCCUAAAACCAUAUAUAUACCUCCUAGUAAAUGGCUAA